AUGGCAAAUAAUCCAAGCAUUCCCAGACAAGUCGCAAGACAAAUUAGGCAACAAAACCAAACUCGAGGCCGUACAACCGGACGUUCCGGCGUCCCAAACUCCCAGAACAGUAUCUACCAAUCCGGCCAACACCACAGCCCUAUCAGGCCUGGUAUGGGCAGCAGCCGCUUCGCCACUGUUCAAGAUGACGUGCAAGAUCCUUCUGAACCUGACCCGAUGGAACUUGAUCCAAUGGAAAUCGACACUCCUGUUCAAGAACCUACAGCAACCACCACUGGAGCUCACACUAAUGAGCAGUCUCGGGAGGCUGGAGCUCACAGCCACGUCUUCUACAUUCCCAUUCGCUCUCGCCCCAUGCCGACUCUCGACCUGGACGUGUUGACCGCCGCUCGCGCUGAAGUAGCUCACAUUCAGAGAGUGGGACUUCCAGUUAUGCAAACCUUGCCCGAGCGACCUGGACCCCAUCUCUACAUUCGUAUUGACACUGACCAGCCAAACCGUGAAAAUGCACUUACGGAUGUCAACCUCCGGAUGGGUACCAUGCAAGACAUGAUUCGCGAUGGCUUCGGUUGGUUCUCGGGUUUGCCUUACCGCCACCCGCAUUUCGAGGUUAAAUUCCUCCGUGGUCGACGUCUCUAG